CCAUAUAUUUUUUCUGUGCCCCGUCACUGACCGCGAUACAAACACGCCAGUGUUUCCCGCAGUUCAGCGGACUCCUUCCGGGUCGACGGAAAGUCGGCUGUGCUGCACAGAGACCGGACUGUCUGCAAAGGACGGCUGCUGUCAGUCCAGUUGAGCUCCCGCUGACGUGCUAGUGUCAGGUGUGCGUGCACCAUGGCGAGCCUCCUGCGCGUCGUGGUGUCCAGCUGCUCAGCCCCAGUGCUCGGGGGCGUGUCGUCCGUGAAGGUGCAUACCAGCCCUGCUAUCAAGUUAACAUGUGUGCGGUUUUUCAGGACCCAUCAAGCUCUCUGGCGGAGUGCAGGUCCAGGAAUCCCAUACAAGCAACUCACAGUUGGUGUUCCCAAAGAAAUUUUCCAGAACGAGCGUCGUGUGGCCCUGUCUCCGGCUGGUGUCCAGGCUCUAAUCAAGCAGGGCUUUAAUGUUGUCGUGGAGUCUGGUGCCGGAGAACCCUCGAAGUUCCCUGAUGAACAAUACACUCAGGCCGGAGCAGCAAUUCAAGAUGUGAAAGACGUGCUGGCGUCUGAUUUGUUGGUGAAGGUGCGUGCUCCCACAUUUAACCCUGCUUUGGGCAUUCACGAGGUGGACUUGAUGAAGGAUGCUUCAACUUUAGUCAGUUUCAUCUACCCAGCUCAGAACCCUGAACUGAUGGACAUGCUGUCAAAGAAAAAGACCACAGUCCUGGCAAUGGACCAGGUGCCCAGAGUCACCAUCGCCCAGGGUUACGAUGCACUGAGCUCCAUGGCAAACAUUGCAGGAUACAAAGCAGUCGUGUUGGCAGCUAACAGUUUCGGGCGUUUCUUCACCGGACAAAUAACAGCAGCUGGUAAAGUGCCACCUGCAAAGGUGCUGAUUAUUGGAGGAGGUGUGGCAGGUCUGGCAGCUGCUGGUACCGCCAGGGCCAUGGGAGCCAUUGUCCGAGGAUUUGACACCAGAGCUGCAGCGUUGGAGCAGUUUAAAUCUCUCGGCGCAGAGCCGCUGGAGGUGGACAUACAGGAGUCAGGAGAAGGCCAGGGAGGUUAUGCCAAGGAAAUGUCCAAGGAGUUCAUAGAGGCAGAGAUGAAGCUGUUCGCCAAACAGUGUCAGGAAGUGGACAUUCUCAUCAGCACGGCUCUUAUCCCGGGUAGGCGGGCACCAACUCUCAUCACCAAACCAAUGGUGGAGAGCAUGAAGGAUGGUUCAGUGGUGGUGGACUUGGCCGCUGAAGCCGGAGGAAACAUUGAGACCACAGUUCCAGGAGAGCUGUCUGUACACAAGGGAGUGACUCACAUUGGUUAUACAGACCUGCCCAGCCGCUUGCCAACACAGUCCAGCACUCUGUACUCCAACAACAUCACUAAGCUGCUGCGGGCAAUCAGCCCUGACAAGGAAAACUUUCACCUUGAUGUCAAGGAGGUGUUUGAUUACGGGACCAUGGAUCACGUUGUCCGAGGAUCCAUUGUCAUGCAGGACGGAAGGAACUUGUUCCCCGCUCCUCAGCCCAACAACGUUCCCACUGCUGCUCCUCCUAAAACCAAGACCAUCCAGGAGAUAGAAGCCGAGAAGGCUGCACACAUCUCCCCCUUCAGGGCUACUCUCACCACAGCUAGCAUGUACACUGGAGGUAUCGGCACCCUGCUUGGUUUAGGCUUGUCUGCUCCUAACGCUGCCUUCACUCAGAUGGUCACUACCUUCGGUCUCGCUGGCAUCGUGGGAUACCACACAGUUUGGGGAGUCACUCCUGCUCUGCACUCUCCGCUCAUGUCUGUCACCAAUGCCAUCUCAGGUCUGACAGCUGUGGGUGGUCUGUCCCUCAUGGGAGGGGCCUACUUGCCAUCUACUACUGCAGAGACAUUGGCUGUGCUCGCUGCCUUCAUCUCUUCGGUCAACAUUGCUGGUGGUUUCCUUGUGACCCAGAGGAUGCUGGACAUGUUCAAACGUCCCACCGAUCCUCCUGAGUACAACUACCUCUACCUGCUUCCAGCUGGCGUUUUCGUUGGAGGCUACGCUGCUUCUCUGCAGUCUGGAUACAACAUUGAACAGAUGAUGUACUUGGGCUCUGGUCUGUGCUGUGUCGGUGCCCUUGCGGGUCUUUCCAACCAGACCACAGCCCGCCUGGGUAACACUCUGGGAAUGAUCGGAGUCGCCGGAGGGCUGGCUGCCACUCUGGGUGCCCUCAAACCGAAUCCUGAGCUCCUGGCACAGAUGAGCGCAGCCAUGGCUGUGGGUGGCACUGCUGGUUUGGCCAUUGCUAAGAAGAUUGAGAUCAGCGACUUGCCUCAGCUUGUGGCUGCAUUCCACAGCUUGGUGGGGCUGGCUGCCAUGCUGACCUGCGUGGCCGAAUAUAUGAUCGAGUACCCUCACUUUGCCACGGACCCCGCGGCCAAUCUAACGAAGAUAGUUGCUUACCUCGGCACUUACAUUGGUGGAAUAACUUUCAGCGGCUCUUUGGUGGCGUACGGCAAGCUGCAAGGUGUCCUGAACAGCUCUCCUCUGAUGCUCCCUGGUCGCCACGCUCUCAAUGCCACUCUCAUGGCCGCUAGCGUCGGCGGAAUGGUUCCCUACAUGCUGGAUCCGAGCUACACCACAGGCAUGACCUGUCUCGGAUCGGUUUCUGCCCUCUCUGCCGUCAUGGGUGUUACUCUGACUGCAGCUAUCGGAGGAGCUGACAUGCCCGUGGUCAUCACUGUACUCAACAGUUACUCAGGCUGGGCACUGUGUGCUGAGGGCUUCUUGCUGAACAACAACCUGCUCACCAUCGUCGGAGCGCUUAUCGGCUCGUCUGGAGCCAUUCUGUCUUAUAUUAUGUGUGUGGCCAUGAAUCGUUCACUUGCUAACGUGAUCCUUGGAGGUUACGGCACAUCUUCCACCGGCACAGGAAAGCCCAUGGAGAUCACAGGGACACACACAGAGGUCAAUGUGGAGCAGACUGUCGACAUGAUUAAAGAGGCCCACAACAUAAUCAUCACUCCAGGUUAUGGACUUUGUGCUGCAAAGGCCCAGUACCCCAUUGCUGAGCUGGUAAAGUUGCUCACAGAGGCUGGCAAGAAAGUCAGGUUCGGUAUUCACCCCGUCGCCGGCCGUAUGCCCGGUCAGCUCAACGUGCUGCUGGCCGAAGCAGGCGUCCCAUACGACAUUGUCCUGGAAAUGGAGGAAAUCAACGAGGACUUUCCUGAAACUGACCUGGUCCUGGUGAUCGGUGCCAAUGAUACGGUUAACUCUGCCGCCCAAGAAGACCCUAACUCCAUCAUCGCUGGCAUGCCCGUGCUGGAGGUCUGGAAGGCGAAACAGGUUAUUGUAAUGAAACGUUCUCUGGGCGUUGGAUACGCAGCGGUGGACAACCCCAUCUUCUACAAACCCAACACCGCGAUGUUGCUCGGCGACGCCAAGAAGACAUGCGACACCCUGCAGGCCAAGGUCCGUGAGACUCAGAGCCAGUAACGUGACCCCCGUUUCAGAGACACCUGAACCUGAGAGCACAAACAAAGAGGAAAGAUUUCAAAAUUCAUCUCUGUACAGCUGCAGCUUCACCAACUGAGUAAAGAGGAUAACUGAGAUUAGGAGUUUUUGGCAUCCCCCUUCAUGCGACCUAAAAAUAAAAUCAUGUUGUCAUGUGCAGUGGGAUCUAAACAAUACAGAUACUGUAUAUUCAUUUCUAAUGUAAUGGCGCAUCUUUUAUUUCUAGAUCUUAAGGAAAGGCUGUCCUGUAAUCAAGAGUGCUGCUGACUAGAUGUCAUGUCAAUUUUAGACACAUUUAUUGAUGUAAAAUAAAUACAAUCAGGAACAUAGAUGCAUUAAAGUGUUAAAUAUAUUCAGUUUCACUCAUGAGAUGUUUUAGGAAAUAGUUCAUAAGUAAAAAAUAUUUGAUGAAUUGUACUGAAGAAAUUAGGGAUGCACCAACAUGUUUUUGUCUUCACUGUAAAGAGUAAAUUCCUCCUUUUCUCCACAGUUUGAUUUGUUUUAGUAAUUUGGUCUUCCCGACCAUUGAUCCACUUGUAAAACAAAGUAGUGUUAACAUGUAAAAACGUUUGUACUUGGUCAACUAAUUUCCAAAAGUAUCUACUUGAAGGGUUUGCUAUUUUUCAUUUGGCUCCACACUCAGAUCAGACCACAAAUAAUAAAAGAAAAAAAAAAAAAACCUCCUCUGAUCAUUCGACACAGGCGUCGUUAAGCUUUUAGUGUGAUCCCACCGUUUUGCUGAAAUGUCCUGCUCUUACAAACAGACUGGUCGCACAGAUUAGCUGAAAGGAUUUUGUUAUGUUUUCCAUCUGGACGUGCUACAUCAAUCUGUCAGGUUCAGAUUUUACAGUAAAUGAAGUUUUUUUUUUUUUUUUUUAAGUGAAUGUGACUCAUCCACUCCAGAGUGUGUCAUCCUUACUGCUCCACGGGGAAAUGAAGGAUCACAGUUUGUAAGCACGGCCAUUUGUUAACCUGUUGUAUCUGAAUCCAAACAACAGUGCGCUUAGUUAAAUUGUUGCCACACAAUAAACAGUUUGUCUUCUUUUUAAUUUGACAUUAGACAUCUGCUUAUCCCUGUGCCAAUUCAAUCUGGAUAGAUUCUCGGACGCAGACACGCAAGAUUGGACUUCUGUGUAACCACUCAAGACUUAAUCUGUUGGUAUUAUUUUAUUAUAGCCAUUUAAUUUGUGUAUACUGGUCCACUUAUCUACUUCUAACCAUUAACUACUGUUAGACAUUACCGAUUAAAGUUUUUUCCUGGGACCUCAUGCAUCGACCAUGACAACUAUCCUACCUCUCCAUAAAAUGACCAACGCCUCUCUGUAGGACAACCAAUUUACGUUCACUGCUUCUUUCACGUGAUCGGACCCAACAUGUCCCAACCACUGUUCAGCAGGUCAGCUCUCAUAUUUCCAAAUAAUUCAGGACCAAUAGCUUUUUUUCUGCUGCGUUUUCAGACUUCAACUGUUUGUUGCUAGAGUUUAUUCUUUCAUUGCAACUAAAUUGAGAGAUGACAUUUGUAGAAGUACAAGCAAAUAUUCUUUAGUAACAUUAAAACUUGUAGAUUGUUGCCAUUCUUGAACAAAUCUUACAAGGAAGAUGAAGUUAAUCUGGCAUUUUCCAAGUAUUGCUUCUUACAACCAUUGUUUUUUUCUGCGUGAGGGACAGCACUUUGUCAGAAGGCAUCAUGUUUGUGCAGAGCAGCGUUGGGAUUUGGAAGAGGUAUGUUUCAAUGCGCCAUCUUAAGAGGAUGAAAUGUACUUUGAAUCUGUUUUUUCCCCCUCUUUUGUUUGUCAUGGAACAUUUUCUUCCCUAAUAAAGCUGUAUUUACACUAGAA